AUGUCAUCGCAGACUCAUUUGGCCGCCACCGACUCGACGUUUAGCGAGAGAAGACCAGAUGAUGACCCGACCAUGAUGAACUUACCAGGAGACCAGAGAAUCGGAGACGAGUACGACAACCGGAAAGUGCGCCACUACACAGUCAACUUCGGUCCUCAACAUCCAGCCGCUCACGGUGUGUUGCGACUGAUUCUGGAACUCAACGGUGAAGAGAUUGUGCGAGCAGAUCCUCACGUUGGUCUACUUCACAGAGGAACGGAGAAGUUGAUCGAGUACAAGACCUAUCUACAAGCCCUGCCAUAUUUCGACAGGCUGGAUUACGUCUCGAUGAUGACCAACGAGCAGUGUUUCUCGUUAGCUGUGGAGAAACUUUUGAAUAUAGAAAUCCCCGAACGAGCCAAGUACAUCAGAACCAUGUUUGGUGAGAUUACUCGUAUAUUGAACCAUCUCAUGUCGAUUUUGUCACACGCCAUGGACGUCGGUGCUCUGACGCCUUUCUUGUGGGGUUUCGAGGAGCGAGAGAAGUUGAUGGAAUUUUACGAGCGUGUCUCUGGUGCACGUCUGCACGCCGCUUACGUACGACCAGGUGGUGUCUCGCAAGAUAUGCCUCUCGGCCUGCUCGACGAUAUCUAUGCAUGGGCUACACAGUUCGGCGAUCGAAUCGAUGAGACUGAGGAACUUCUCACAGACAACCGAAUCUGGAUUGGCCGGACAAAGGGUGUGGGCGUCGUAUCUGCAGCUGAUGCACUGAACUUGUCAUUCUCGGGUGUUAUGCUAAGAGGAUCCGGUGUUCCAUGGGACGUACGGAAGUCUCAGCCAUACGACGCAUAUGAUAAGGUCGAGUUUGACGUUCCAGUCGGUCAGAAUGGUGACUGCUACGACAGAUACCUUUGCCGAAUGGAGGAAUUCCGACAGUCACUACGCAUCAUCCAUCAGUGCCUCAACAAAAUGCCUCCUGGACCGGUCAAGAUUGAGGACUACAAGGUUGCACCACCGCCAAGAUCCGCGAUGAAAGAGAACAUGGAGGCACUCAUUCACCAUUUCCUUCUGUACACCAAGGGCUACACAGUGCCACCUGGGGAGACCUACAGCGCCAUUGAGGCACCAAAAGGAGAGAUGGGUGUCUACAUCGUCAGUGACGGAUCCGAGAGACCAUAUAGAUGCAAGAUCCGAGCACCUGGUUUCGCCCAUUUGGCGGGUAUGGAUCACAUUGCUCGAGGACAUUUAUUGGCUGACGCAGUGGCCAUUAUCGGCACUAUGGACUUGGUGUUCGGUGAAGUUGACCGGUAG